AGCAAGAGAAGAAGAAGAAGAAGUAUCUGACGUCACUUCCUGUGCUGCGCAGAAGAAGACGCAGACAACAUGGCGGCGGUAGAGAAGUCCACUAAAGAUCGUCUCCUCUCAGUUCUGGAGGAUCUGGAGGUUUUAUCUCGGGAGCUGAUCGAGAUGUUGGCGCUGUCCCGGAGCCAGAAGCUUCCGCAGCCUGGGGAGGACGUCCGGGUCCUGGAGCUGCUGGUGCAGAGGGACCAGGAGCUCCAGGACCUGAUGGAGGUGGCUCAGCAGCAGGGGAAGGUUCAGGAGGAGAUGCAGCUGCUGGAGAAGGAGGUGGAGAAGAGAGACAGCGACAUCCAGCAGCUGCAGAAACAGCUGAAGGAGGCCGAGCACAUCCUGGCGACUGCAGUGUACCAGGCCAAGGAGAAACUGAAGUCCAUCGACAAAGCCAGGAAGG